AUGCCGAAACAAAAAGCCCCCAAGGGCGCUGCAGCUGCAGAAGCCUCCAAUGUAACCGACCCACGAUUCUCCAAUUUCUCGACCGACCCUCGAUUCCGUCUCCCGUCGAAAAAGCACACCCGCACGAAAAUCGAUAAACGUUUCUCGCGCAUGCUGAAGGAUGACGACUUCUCCAAUUCAGCAACCGUCGAUCGAUAUGGCAGAAAGUUGAGCACGAGUGGAAAGAAGAAGGCGCUGGAGAGGUUGUAUGUUCCAGACGAGGAGGAAGACGAAGAUGAUGAGAAUGCAGAUGUAGAGGUCGAUGAUGACGACGUUGUGGAGAAGGAAUUGAAGCGCGCAGAAGCUUAUGAUCCUGCAAGAGGUGGCGGAUUCUCGUCUUCUGAAGAUGAAGAAGAUGAAGAGGACGAAGAGGAAGGGGGAGUGGAGAUUGUAGAAGAGGAAUUCCCAGAUCUGCAAGCUGAGUCUGCUGCCGUGGAGAUGGGCGAAGUUUCCUCGAGAAUUGCUGUCGUGAACAUGGAUUGGGAUAAUGUUCGGUCUGCAGACCUCAUGGCUGUCUUCUCGAGUUUCGUCCGACCGGGAGGAAAGAUUCUGAAGAUCUCGAUAUAUCCCAGCGAGUUUGGAAAGGAGCGCAUGGAGCGCGAGGAAUCGGAAGGGCCACCGAAGGAGAUUUUCGCCAAGAAGGAGGAGGAUUCUGAGGUCGACUCCGAGGAAGAUAGUGAUGAGGAAGAGGAGAAGAUCAAGAAGGAGCUAUUACAAGCGGAUGAUGGCAAGGAAUUCGACAGUGCGGCUCUGCGACAGUACCAACUCGAUCGGUUACGGUAUUACUACGCAGUGGUGAUCUGCUCAGACAACGAAACUGCGCAGAACGUCUACGAAAAUACAGAUGGGUCAGAAUAUCUAUCUUCAGCAAAUGUAUUCGAUCUGCGAUUCAUCCCUGAUGGUGUGGAGUUCGACGAUAAGCCCAGAGACGAAUGCGAAAGCGUACCGGCCGGAUAUAAACCCAUCGAAUUCGUCACGGAUGCUCUACAACAUUCAAAGUCCAAACUCACGUGGGACACAACACCAGAAGAGGCGUCACGUAAAGAAGCAAUUAGCCAAGCUUUCAGUGGAAGUCGGAAAGACCACCUCGAUAACGAUCUACGCGCAUACCUGGGGAGCGACUCCGAAGAAGAAAGCGAAGCUGAAGCUGAAGCAGAAACCGACGGCCCGAAAUUAUCCAAGAAAGAACUCGCCCGUCAGAAAAUGCGCGCAGCUCUUGGUCUCGCCGACGAACCCGCUCCAUCGAAAAAGACCAAGGGUCCAGUAGGGGACAUGGAAGUUACAUUCACAGCCGGCCUCUCCAGCAAAUCCUCCACCGGUGUAUUCGAGAAUGAACCACCCCUCGACGAAACAACAGCAGAGCGAUACAUACGACUCGAGAAAGAGCGCAAAGCCCGCCGGAAGGAGAAAGCUAAAGCCAAGCGCGAAGGCAGAGAUCCAGAUGCGCAGCCAGAUGCAGAACAAGAUCAAGAAGCCGAGAACGCAGAUAUGGGAUUCGACGAUCCGUUCUUCGCUACAGACGAAGCUGUCAAAGAGAAAGCCUCGAAGUCACUCCGCAAAGAAGAACGACUCAAGAAACGGGAAGCCAAAGCCGCUGCGGCCGCAGCAUCUGCCACCCAGCGCGCUGAACUCGAAUUACUCAUGCAAGAUAACGCUACAGAAGAAGGCGGAGCUAAUCUUGAUCAUUUCGAUAUCAAGGAGAUUGCGCGUGCGGAAAAGCUCAAGAAGAAAGGCAAGAAGCAUAAGAAGAAUAAGGAGGUUGAAGGUGGGAAGCGGGGUGGUUUGCAGCAGGGCUUUGAGAUGGAUGUGGGAGAUGAGCGGUUCAGCAAGUUGUUCCAGAGUCAUGAGUUUGCGAUUGAUCCGACGAAUCCGAAGUUUGUGGCUACGGAGGGGAUGAAGAAGUUGUUAGAGGAGGGCAGAAGGAAGAGGGAUAGGGAUGUUGGGGAGGGAGGUGAAGAUGAGGUGGUGGUUAAGAAGAGUAAGAAGAGGAAGGGUGGUGAGGCUGAGGUUGAGGAGAAGGGGGAGUUGAGUGGGUUGGUGGAGAAGAUCAGUAAGAAAGUUAGGCAGUGA